CAAAUUCUCUUUUCCUUCCUUCCUUAGAACAUAACAACAAGUUAACCAAAGGUUUUACUUUUACGCCCAAAUUACCAGUCUGCCCUUGUUUCGUUACCGGAGAUCCUCUAAUGUCCGGCGAAAACACCGGACUCACGUCCCAAUUGAAGGAAGCCGGCCAAUCAGCGAUGGCCACGCGUCGACCAUGGGGAGAGUUCUUUGACCCGGCCGCACUGAGCUUCCCCCCCAGCGUCUCGGACGCCACCACCCGACUCGCCCAGAACCUGACCCAUUUCCGAUCCAACUACGCCGUGGUGGUCUUGGCCGUCCUCUUCGCCAGCCUAAUCUUCCACCCAUUCCCUCUGGUCGUCCUCUUGAUCGUCUUUGUCGCCUGGGUCUUCCUCUACUUCUCCCGUGAAGAGCCGCUCACCAUCGCCGGUAUCACCGUGGAUGAUGGAAUCGUCGUGGUGGUUCUUGGGGUGGUUACACUGGUGGCUCUGUUCAUGACCCAUGUGUGGUUCAACUUUUUCAUUUCGAUUGCAAUUGGGGCUGGUUUGGCGUCGUUGCACGCUUUGCUUAGGAGUACGGACGAUCUAGUCAUGGAUGACCAACAAUUGCCUUAUGGCCAAUUAUCAGAUGAUACUCGGGGCACCUAUACCAUUGUUUGACCUACGUAUUAAGAGUGAAUGGGAAUGAUAUCUUCUUUGAUCAUGAGGUGCCUCACUACAAUGGUAGAUGAUUUUGAUCCGAUUGAUUCAAUGUCAAUAUCUGGUACUUUGUCACACUAUAGCUCCAAGUUUCAACUUUCUAGCUUGUUCAAACUGUGUUCUUAGUUCUUUGCAACCAAGUUAUCGAUGUCCAAAAUUGGUUAUUGUUCCUCCCAACAUUGUAUAUUGAAAACAUUCACUUUGUGACAGAACAUUUGUUUGUCAAUUUCUUUUGCUUACUAGUUUUUUGGCUUUUGAAAUGCCUACUUGUAGUUAUGUUCUCCUUUUAGUUUUACAGCAAAGUCAUAUUUUGAUUUGUGCUCAUGGUGUACAGAUUGAUUGAUUUCUAUGGUCCAUUGAUUUCUUUAAUACAGCUACUUGCAAGAUCUCAUAA